GGAUGUAGAGUAAAGUUUUCGUGAAAAUCAAAAACAAGGUGCGUUAUACUGGUGGGCUCAACUCAAUAUUGAAUUCUUGUAAAAUGCAUCGCACUAGUGAGUCCACAGAGGCGGCUACAUAAAAAAAAUCAGCAUCAACCUAUACCUUAGUACUAGUAUAUUAGAAAAACUGCGAUUGUUGAUUCACACAACUUAACUUCUCUUCGUCUUCCAGAGACGUGAAAAACUCACCCAUGGCAACCGUUCCUUUGGCCUCAGCUGUUCUAAGAAGGCUUGAGGGUAAGGUGGCUCUGAUCACCGGUGGUGCGAGCGGCAUCGGCGAAGCCACCGCAAGACUCUUCCAUCAAAACGGAGCUAAAGUCGUUAUAGCUGACAUCCAAGACGACAAAGGUCACUCAGUUUGCCAGGAGUUACACAAAUCAUCUGCCUCUUAUGUUCACUGCGACGUGACAAAGGAAAAAGACAUAGAAACCGCCGUGAACACGGCGGUUUCCACGUACGGUAAACUCGACAUCAUGUUAAACAACGCUGGCAUAAGUGGUGCGAAUAAAACCAACAUACUUGAAAACACGUUAUCUGAAUUUCAACAAGUGAUUAACGUGAACUUGGUCGGUAUCUUUCUUGGAACAAAACAUGCUGCAAGAGUAAUGAUCCCUGCUCGACGAGGUAGCAUAAUUAACACAGCAAGUAUUUCUGGAAACAUAGGUGGUGCCACGAAUCAUGCUUACACAAGUUCAAAGCACGCCGUUGUGGGGCUGACGAGAAACACGGCGGUCGAGCUUGGACCGUUCGGUAUUCGGGUGAAUUGUGUGUCGCCAUAUAUUGUUCUCACUCCGAUGGCUAAGAAAUACUUGGAGGUAGAUGAUGAUGGGAUUCUAGGGGUUUAUUCUAAUCUAAAGGGUACUAAUCUUAUGCCAAAUGAUGUGGCUGAAGCUAAUCUGUACUUGGGAAGUGAUGAAUCUAAGUAUGUUAGUGGUCACAAUCUUGUUGUUGAUGGAGGAUUUACAGUUGUGAACAAUGGAUUUUGUGUGUUUGGACAAUCUGUCUGAAUAUGUGUACUUUGAUGUGUUUAUAUAGGCCAUGAAAUUAUAAUAAAGUAGUUUUCUUAUAAA